AUGGCCUCCUCGCAAAGUCAACAAGUCGGCUCCGACGUGUGCGUGAUAGGCACAGGAGUCCUCGGACUCCUCGCCCUCAAGAACCUCCUCGAACAGGGCCUCAACUCAACCGCCUUUGAGAGGAACGAAUACAUUGGCGGCAACUGGCAUGCUUCGCAGAACACGGACCAGACUACUGCUCUGAUGGGGACGACUGCGAAUACUUCCAGGCACUGUUGUUCUUUUACAGACUUUCCUAUGCCUUAUGACUACGCUGUCCAUCCCCCACAAAAGGAUAUCGAAAAGUACAUCGAAUCAUACGCCAAACACUUCAACUUGUUCCCACACAUCGAAUUCUCCACAUCAGUCGAUCAUGUCGAGCGUGAUCAAGAACGUGGAGUAUGGAAAGUUUUUACCAAAAACACAAAGUCCGGUGCCGAAGAAUGCAGGACCUUUAGCCGCGUGGUUGUUGCAACGGGCAUGCUCAACGCCAAGAACAUCCCCAAUGUCAAAAACAUCGACAGGUUUGAGGGAGACGUCCUCCACUCCCGGCAGUUCAAGGAUGCUUCCAAGUACAAGGAUAAGAACGUGCUUGUUGUCGGUAUUGGAGCUACGGGAGCGGACACCACAUCGUUUCUGGUGAAGGCGGGAGCCAGCAAGGUCUAUCUAAGUCACAGAGGCCAAUUCUACCUUCUUCCUCGACGGGUCAAGGGCAAGGCCUUCGACCACUCCAUGAGUCGCCGUGUCGGCAUCUGUGUGAGAGCGCUCGCAGGUCUCUGGCCACGAGGCUUUGCUGCACUCAUGUCCAAGGGCCUCAUCAGCACGAGGAACAAGUCUUUCCCGUUUCUAACCGAGCAUUCAUCAUUUGCUUCAUCUCGACCUAUCGACGGUAUCCUACACCGAGUUCCGAUCUUCUCGGAUGACCUUGCAGAUAACCUCCGAGAUGGUCGUGUCAAGUCAGUCUUGGGUAUUCAGGAGGUGACAGGACCCAAGUCUAUCACCCUGACCGAUGGGACCGUUUUGGAUGACCUCGAUGCUAUUGUCUUUUGCUCGGGUUAUCAUUACGACUUUUCUGUGGUCAGGGGACCUGGUGACCCGACCGACUCAGCCAUCGCUCCUGACCAUAACAAGAAGAUUCAGGCAGCUCGACAUUACAGUGACGACAACAAGUUUGCUCGACUAUACCAUGGAUUCCUCUCAGAGCAGUAUCCAGAGUCACUGGCCUUCCUCGGCCAUGUCAUCAUCAUGAAGCCCCCUUUCGUUCUCUACGACCUAAUCUCAAUGGCACUCGCUGGUGUCUGGUCUGGCAGCUACCCCAUAGAAUCAUCAGAGGAGAGACGCCGUGACAUCGACACCCACUACGACUUCAUGGUCAAGACCCUCGAGGAAGCCCCAGUGCCUCACCUCGGCAUGCGUCUCGCGUCGGCGCCCACGUACGAGUGGCUGAACCAAGCAGCGGGCACAGGCGUGACGGAGAACCUGGGUUGCUUCUCGUGGAAGGCGUGGAAGCUUUGGUGGAACGACCGCAAGUUCUAUAACCUGCUGAUGGACGGUAUCGACAUACCAGCGGUUUACAGGCUGUUUGAUACCGGGCGAGGGAGGAAGCCGUGGCCUGGGGCGAGGGCGGCCAUCGAGAAGCUCAACCAGCAGGCGAAGGAGCUGGGAGAAGAGUGGGAACGGGAGAAUCAAGAUAAGAAGACGAAGUGA